AUGUCCGGCCUCCUCGCCCUCCAAGCCUCAACCAUAACCACCUCGAUCUUCUCCUCCGGCGCCAUCGCCACCCUGUCCCUCUUCGACAUCCCCGAGCUCCGCUCCCAACCCGCCGUCCGCUCUCUCCCGCAAACCCGCUGGCUCUUCUCCCGCGGCUCGCACAUCUUCCCCUUCACCGCCUUCCUCUCCGCCGCAGGCUUCCUGUCACUAGCAAUCACCGCUCUCCCCCCGGGCCGGGCCAUCAGCUCGAUCCUGAAAGUGGCAGCCAAUGGAGCGAAAGUGAACAGCUACCUCGCUGCCGCAGUGUUGAAUUUCGCGAUUGCGCCGUGGACCUCGCAGGUGAUGAUCGCGACGAAUUUCCGGCUUAUCGAACUCAACGAGCGCCUCGGCGGGGCGAGAAGCGAGAGGUCUGCGAAGGAGGGCAAGUUUGGUGCGGGAGAGAAGUCGGCGGAGGAUUCGGUGAGUGGGAAGGGGGAUGUUAGUCAAGUGACGGAUUUGAGUGGGCCGCAGGAGCGGACGGGGAGGGAGGCGAGCGUGGAGGAGGAGCGGGAGGUGCGGGAGUUGUUGGGGGCCUUUGGAAGGAUGAAUGGAGUUAGGGCUGUUUUGACAGGGGUGGGAGGGGUUGUUGGGUUGGUUGCUGCGUUGUUGUGA